CUGGCUGCCAGAGUAGCAGCAGUAGCCCCAGCGGCAGCGGCUUCUCGGCAUGGUCUGCUAAGCCAGCCUGUCGGGCAACCGGAGUCCGAGGCAGAGAAGGCGCAAGGGGAGCUUUCCGACGCCAAAGGAAGAAAAGCAAAAGGCAAACGCCCCGUUCUCCUUGGGAUUGAUUCUCCACCUGGCAGAAAUCUGCCCUAAGCCGCGUUCCGUCUCCCCUGGGCGCCCGGGCCGGGAAAAGGUGUUAGCUCGUGAGAUCACUUCGGGACAACCGAACUGGGACCCACGUCGAUCCGGUGCGGCAAUGGGGCUUUAUGGGGUUGCUGGAGCCGCUGUCCUGGUGCUGCUUGCCGGACACUUCUCCCUGAGCUCGGCGCUGGAAGAAAAGAAAGUUUGCCAAGGAACAAGUAACAAGUUGACCCAGUUGGGUACUUUUGAGGACCACUUCCUGAGUCUCCAGAGAAUGUUCAAUAACUGUGAGGUGGUACUUGGAAAUUUGGAAAUCACCUAUGUCCAAAAAAAUUAUGACCUUUCCUUCCUAAAGACCAUCCAGGAGGUUGCUGGCUAUGUGCUCAUUGCUCUCAAUGCAGUUGAGAAAAUUCCUUUGGAAAACCUGCAGAUCAUUCGAGGAAAUGUGUUGUAUGAAAAUUUUUAUGCCCUUUCUGUGCUCUCCAACUAUGAUGUGAAUAAAACAGGAGUGAGGGAACUGCCCAUGAGGAAUCUACUAGAAAUCCUUGUUGGUGGUGUUCGGUUCAACAAUAACCCAACCCUGUGUAAUGUGGAGACAAUCCAGUGGAAGGAUAUUGUGGACUCCGCCUAUUUAAACAACAUCACAAUAGACAAUAACAGCCAUCCUAAGAGUUGUGAAAAGUGUGAUUCUAGUUGUCCCAAUGGAAGCUGUUGGGGUCCUGGACCACAAAAUUGCCAGAGUUUGACAAAGACCAUCUGUGCCCAGCAGUGCUCAGGACGGUGUCGCGGUAGUUCCCCUAGUGACUGUUGCCACAACCAGUGUGCAGCAGGUUGUACUGGACCUCGAGAGAGUGACUGCUUGGUCUGUCGAAAGUUUCGAGAUGAAGCCACAUGCAAAGACACCUGCCCCCCUCUGAUGCUGUACAACCCCACCACGUACCAGAUGGAUGUCAACCCAGAAGGCAAAUACAGCUUUGGAGCCACCUGCGUACGAAAGUGCCCACAUAACUAUGUGGUGACAGACCAUGGUUCUUGUGUUCGUUCUUGUAAUGCUGAGACCUAUGAAGUGGAGGAAGAUGGCGUCCGAAAAUGUAAAAAGUGUGAAGGUCCAUGUAGUAAAGUUUGCAAUGGAAUAGGAAUUGGUGAAUUUAAAGAUGUUCUCUCCAUCAAUGCGACAAACAUCAAACAAUUUCAGAAUUGUACCACCAUCAGCGGCGAUCUACAUAUAUUGCCUGUUGCAUUUAAAGGUGACUCCUUCACCCGUACUCCACCUUUAGAUCCCAAAGAACUGAAUAUUCUCAGGACCGUGAAGGAAAUAUCAGGAUUUUUGCUGAUUCAGGCUUGGCCUGAAAACAUGACUGACCUCCAUGCUUUUGAACAUCUGGAAAUUAUACGAGGCAGAACAAAGCAACACGGUCAGUUUUCUCUUGCUGUUGUUGGCGUGGACAUAACUUCCUUGGGCUUACGCUCCCUCAAGGAAAUCAGUGAUGGUGAUGUCAUCAUCUCAAAAAACAGACAACUCUGCUAUGCAAACACAAUAAACUGGAACAGACUGUUUGGAACAAGAAGUCAGAAAAGCAAAAUCACAAGCAACAAAGAUGAAAAAGAGUGCCGGGCUCUGGGCCAUGUUUGUCAUGAAUUGUGCUCACCUGAUGGUUGCUGGGGUCCAAAGCCAAGCCACUGCCUGUCCUGUCGCUAUGUGAGCCGUCACAAGAAGUGUGUCGAGAAAUGCAACAUUCUAGAAGGAGAACCAAGGGAGUACAUGGAGAAUCUGAAAUGCCUGCAGUGCCAUCCUGAGUGUCUGCCUCAGGUGAUGAAUCAAACCUGCACAGGACCGGGUCCUGACAAAUGCAUAGAGUGUGCUCACUAUAUAGAUGGUCCACACUGUGUCAAGACUUGUCCAGCUGGAAUCAUGGGAGAAAAUGAUACCUUGGUCUGGAAAUAUGCUGAUGCAAAUAAGGUUUGCCAACGAUGCCAUCCCAAUUGUACCUAUGGGUGUGAAGGUCCAGGUCUUGAAGGCUGUCCCACACCUGGUCCCAAGAUCCCUUCCAUAGCCACUGGAAUUGUGGGUGGCUUUCUCUUACUGAUGGUGUUGAUCCUUGGCAUCGGUCUUUUCAUUAGAAGGCGCCAUAUUGUCCGUAAACGCACACUGCGCAGGCUACUACAAGAAAGGGAGCUAGUAGAGCCUCUCACCCCCAGUGGAGAAGCUCCCAACCAGGCCCUUUUACGGAUCCUAAAGGAGACAGAAUUUAAAAAGAUCAAAGUCCUUGGCUCUGGAGCUUUUGGUACAGUGUAUAAGGGACUAUGGAUUCCAGAAGGAGAGAAGGUGAAGAUUCCUGUUGCCAUUAAAGAGUUAAGGGAAGCUACUUCUCCGAAAGCCAAUAAGGAAAUUCUUGAUGAAGCCUAUGUGAUGGCCAGUGUGGAUCAUCCCCAUGUGUGCCGUCUCCUGGGAAUCUGUCUGACUUCCACAGUCCAACUCAUAACACAGCUCAUGCCAUUCGGUUGUCUACUGGACUACAUACGGGAACACAAGGACAACAUUGGCUCCCAGUACCUUCUCAACUGGUGUGUGCAGAUUGCCAAGGGGAUGAGUUAUCUAGAAGAGCGCCGCUUGGUACACCGUGACUUAGCAGCCAGAAAUGUACUUGUGAAGACACCUCAGCAUGUGAAGAUCACAGAUUUUGGGCUGGCAAAACUGCUUGGCGCUGAUGAGAAAGAGUACCACGCUGAAGGAGGCAAGGUGCCUAUUAAAUGGAUGGCUUUGGAAUCGAUUUUACACCGUAUUUAUACCCACCAAAGUGACGUCUGGAGCUAUGGUGUCACAGUUUGGGAGCUGAUGACAUUUGGGUCCAAACCAUAUGAUGGAAUCCCUGCAAGUGAGAUUUCAUCUAUUUUAGAGAAAGGGGAACGCCUUCCUCAACCACCCAUCUGCACCAUUGAUGUCUACAUGAUCAUGGUCAAAUGCUGGAUGAUAGAUGCUGACAGUCGCCCCAAGUUUCGUGAGUUAAUUGUAGAAUUUUCUAAAAUGGCCCGUGAUCCCCAGCGCUACCUUGUUAUACAGGGAGAUGAAAGAAUGCACUUACCAAGCCCCACGGACUCCAAAUUUUAUCGCACCCUUAUGGAAGAAGAGGAUAUGGAAGAUAUCGUAGAUGCAGAUGAGUACCUUAUUCCACAGCAAGGAUUCUUCAACAGCCCCUCCACAUCUCGCACGCCUCUCCUAAGCUCUCUGAGUGCUACCAGCAAUAAUUCUGCCACAGUAUGCAUUGAUAGAAAUGGGCAGGUUUGCCCUGUGAAGGAAGAAAGCUUUAUCCAGAGAUACAGUUCUGAUCCCACUACUGUCUUACUUGAAGACAAUGUGGAUGAUAGCUUCCAGCCUGUACCAGAAUAUAUAAACCAAUCGGCUCCCAAAAACCACACGGGCUCUGCCAUCCAGAACCCUGUCUAUCACAACCAACCUUUCAACCCAGAUGCCUCUAAAGACUCUCUGUACCAAAACUCACACAACAGCAGUGCAGUGGACAACCCCGAGUAUCUCAACACAACUCAGCCCAACUUGAUCAAAAAAGCCUUCGACAGCAAUUCCUGCUGGAACCCGACAGCCAACCACCCAAUCAGUCUGGACAACCCUGACUACCAGCAGGACUUCUUCCCCCAGGAAGCCAAGCCAAAUGGGGUUUUUAAAGUUCCUGCCGCAGAAAAUCCUGAGUACCUCAGGGUAGCAGCACAACAAAGUGAAUUCAUUCAAGCUUCAGCAUGACCCUUUGCCAAAAGCCUUCCCUCCCUCCCUCCCUCAUGCAGCCAUGGAAUCUAGCUGCCCCAGGACUGAGCUAUGGACAGCAAAGGCAGCAAUCAUGCGAUGUAGCCACUCACUCACACCUUUCCUUUCAAGCCUACGGGCCAGACAUUGCCACAAUUGGCUUUAAUUUCCUUUGGUACGAUCCGGGGCCUGUCUUCCGUUGGAAUUGUCCCCCUUCCUGGGCAUAUAAUGGAGUCAAUCCCAGGCAGAUUUCCUGCAAGUGCAUUCCUUCAUCUUUAAUCUGUGAGACUUCCCAAAUCAAGAGCAAGAUGCCCAGGAAGCAUAUUUUUCCGUUUGUACAGAAGUUAAUUGUUUUUUUUUUUUCUACACCAUACAUUUGAAAAAAUAAUAAUAAUGUUUGUAAGUAUUUUUUUCUUACAAGAUCCCAUUGGCACGUUCAUGAGAGAGAUGAUUAUUGACUAUAACAUGCACUACCCUGAAGGGACCCAGACUGGACUGAGUCAAAGACGCAUAUGAUGAAAGAAAAUGAGCUUUACGCUCUUCGGACUCAGCCGACUUAACAGUUCAUCCCAUGGGCUUUGUCCUUCUUUACAUGCCAAAGGCCGAGAAAGAACAUUUCUUGGUUGGCGCAGCAUCAGCUCGCGACGAAAAAGAGAAACAGACCAGCCUAUGUCAUGCUGGCCACAAGAGUUACAGAAACCAAGUGGAGGAAGUCUCUCCCUACGCUUCAUUGUAAAUGUGCCCACGGUACUUCAAACUGUUUUUUUUUUAAGUGUUUUCUGAUUAUGAAUACUCAUCUGAUUCUUUUCUUUUUCAUUUCGUGUCUUUGCAACUACACUUGUUAAAAUGUUUUCCCUCAAUGCUUCUAUUAUGGAGUGGAGGGUGGGGGUGUUGGGGAGGGAGUAAAGACACUAAAACAAAACAGCCAAAGCUGCUGCUCUCUUUUUACUCACCCUCAUUUGGACAAAGGGCCUUUCUUUAAGAUGGGAUGAAAAUGCAGAAGUUUGCAAGCCCAAGCAAAGAACUUAAGUCUCAGGUGAAUCUACACCAAACCUAAAAGUGUUUACCUAAACACUAAAAUGAAUAGAAACCUAAAAAUGAAGAUAUCCAAAGGGGGGAAAAAUUGAAAUUGUUCUCUAUUUCUAAACACUCCCUUAGUUAACCCAUGAAAAUUGGGCCUUAACGGUUUUUAGAUUUUUUUAAAAGAAAAUUUAAUGAAUAAGCUAUUUUAUUCGCUACCAAAAACAUUCUCUAGUGUGUUUUCCCCAAAAUCCUUUCCUUGCCCCCUUUUCAGGUUACAAAAGAUGGGCUAGAUCCUGUGGAAAAACUAUAGUGUCUUACAACUCAAUAUGUGUGUGUGUGUGGCUCUACUUUUCAUAAAAGAAAUGCGGAGGCAAUAAUUGAGAGGUUGCAAUAAAAAUCCUAAAUAUUAAAUGGUGAAUUUGAAGUUAAUGGCUGUGUUUCCACAAAAGUCCACAAAUAUUUUUUGAAAGGGUGGGGGGGAGGUAGAGAUGAGAAUUUAAGGUUUGUGAAGAUGCCCAAAAUGUUUUCGUUUAAAAAGGGAGGAUUGUGCAAUGUUAAGACAGAUAAACAGGUUGGACUAGUUUUUCAAAUGUUUGAAGCUCCCAUCCCACCUUAUCAACUAAAGACACUCAAUGAUUGGCAGAUAAAUCCCACCAGAACACCAAGUGUGUAGAGAGAGCCCAUCAAAAUAUAAUGCCAAACCAGUACCCACAGAGCAGCUUUCCAGACACUGAAUUAAUUCAGAGGCCCUGGUGUUGAAAGCAUGUAAAUGGUGCACCCGUGAAAAUAUGGGCUUGCCCUAGAAAAUGUUUCUUCUGUUACUUUCAAGAUAAUGGGUGCUCCAAAGAGAGUUUCUAACAAAAAAAGUUUGAGUCCGUGUUGAAAUGAAGUCAGUGUUUCUUUUGUUUUCUAACUACUAGGUAGCCAUGUGUCUGAGUCAGACCUCAACACUGCAGGCAGAAAUACAAUUUUAUGUUAUCUGUUUUAGGCAAGAGGUUUUUUUAGUUUGAUAGUUAUACUUAUAGAUUCCCAGAGUUCUCUGGAUAACUUUCAUCCAUCAUGUUUUACUUUUUUUUUUUUAUGGAAAAAUGAAUCAGUAUUUACAAGAAAAGGUAAUCUUAAGGCCUCAUUGAUAGAUUUUUUUUUUCAUCAUUUCAUCAUUCUUGUCAAGAAAAGCAUUUUACCCUGUGGUCCUAUUAUUAACUGAGUACUUCAUACAAUCCUUUCUCUAACUUGUGAAGAAACCAGUAACUGUUGGGGAAAAAAAGAGCUGAAAUUCAGAUGAAAUGUAGCAAUGAAAAAGUAAGAUGGAUUUUUUUUUUACAUUUCUUCUUAGCAUAUACUGUAGCAACCUCAACUAAUAAAUUUAGAAAUUCAUCAGAAUUUAGAAUUCUCCAGCAUUAAAUCUAGUUGAGAUACUCCAGAGAAUUUUAAGUUGUGUAUGUUUGAAUGAUUUUGCAGAGAGUAAACCUAAUUUGAUGGAACUAAACAGAACCUCUUAACUCCAAGCUUCUAGCCAUAAAAUAUUCUACCAUUCGGUACAGGAUCUGCUGUUACAUAUGUCAGUCAUGGGGAAUUGGAAGGUGGGGCAUGAAAUUCCGUUUUAAUGGUGAGGGGGGCUUGUUGACAUUUAAAAUAUAAAUGUAAAAUUGUGCUAGUUCUCACAGAAACCAAACCACUGAUCUUGUCAUUCAUUUUAACAAAAAUAUCUAUCAGAUCAAUAGAUGGUUUCAGACCUGAUUAAGGGUACGAGGACUUUAAUAUAUAUAGCAUUAAAAAGCAGUUAACAUAGAUUGCACGUUGCUUUAAAUCAUAUACUAUCAGCAGGGGGAGUCAUAACUAGGAUGGAAAAAUCCAAGGUUUUAUUCUAGGAAUGAAAUUUAAAAGAUGCUCAUAAGAUCUGCAGUCCUUCAACAACCUAGAGAAACAAAGUUUGCCACCUAGUUAAUAACAAUUAUUUAUUAAAAUAGGAAGAUGCCUGUAAGUGGGAUAGCUAGGGUGAGGUUGUCCACCCCACUCUGUUCCCUAACAAUGUCUCCAUGUUUCAAUAUCCCAAACAGGGGCUAUGAGUAUUGCCUUAGGGUCUUUAUAUCCCCUUCAAUAAGAUAGACUUCUCCUGAAUGAGGGGACACAUCUUUCUACUAACCUAGAUGAAGUUUAUAGUACUUCACUGGGGCACAAAAAAGAAUCCUGGUUAUAACUCUGAUUAGCAUUAUUAAAUUCGUCAUGCUUCUUCACAUAAAGACGAUGAAAAUCCAUUUCAUCACCCAUAAAAUGAAGAGGUUGGGCCACAUGACCUCUAAGGUCCCUUCUAACUCUAAGAAUCUAUGUGCCAAGGUCUCUUACAAUUCUGACAAUCUAUAGACUAUGAACAUGUCGAAAGCCUUGAUUAAACAGAUUUGAAAAAAAAAGUUAAUAAUUGGAGACAUUGUUAAUAAUUGGAGAAGACAUUUUCAAAAGAUUUUUCCAAACACAUUUGAAGGUCUGGUUUAAAAAUGACCCAAGAAAGACUGAAUUUCAUGUUGCUCACCCAAGUGAAAGCCAAUCAUAGAACUGGACAUCUCCCCCGCUCCCAUCCCCCACCAAUACCACUACUUUGUCAUUGUAGGGAUGAUGCUAAAAUUGAUUCCCGUGGUUGUUGUACUGGAGUUACUAAUAGGCAAAAGCUAAGAUAUUUGGGACCCUAUUUAGAAGGAGGGGAGCGGUCACUGUUGUUUCCUAGCGCUUUUAGAAGAAUCUAGAAAGUGUGUUAAUCCAAACAGUCAUGGCUUUAAGCAACUAUUAGAAAAUGCAGGUGCGGAAAGCAGUUAAUAGAAAUGCCAAUGCCUCGUGACCAGCUCCGUUGCCAGCUUGAUUUCCCAAAGACAAAGAGACUCGCUUAGAGGAUUUUUCUUUGUAAGCUAAACCAUGUAGUGGGAAGCCGACAGCUGGCACUGAGGUGAUUUCAUUUCUACAGGGUGAGACUCAGCCCAAUUACCUAAUUCUUAAGCAUUUUCUGCCCCCAUCAAGAAUGAGUAGAACAAUGUCGUUUGGACUCAAUGGGUCCAAAAUCCUGAGAAAGGUCAUCCCACUGAGAUUCUGCUGGAUUGGGGUUGAAAUUGGACAACCCAACCUCAAACUUUUAAAAUCAGUGGCUGGCCCUUAAGUCACAAUGCCAGAUGCUCCUUAUGCUUCAGCUAAUUCUUUCGGAUUGACAAAGACAGUCUUAAGAGUUUUUCAAGUUUUCAAAGGGUCAAGCUUACAUCUUCCAGUGCCUUCACUUAUUCUCUUGCCUUGAAUGUUCAAUUCCUCAUUCAAUUUCCUUGAAUGUUCUUACCCUCAAUGUUCAACCUUUUUACUGUUUGAAUAUCACACCCCAACCUGAUCAGAUCUGAAAGGUUGACACCAUUCCAUCCGUUAUACCUCUCUUCUGUCAUAUCCAUUGAGGUAUUGACAUAGAAAAUACCCCAAAAAGGUGUGUAUUUCAUUAGUAGUGUCUUCAUUUGUCAUUUCAGUUAACAUUAUUUUCCCAUGACUGCAGUUUCAGUUUCUUCCUCUGGAAACAUAGGGUCCAAAGAAUGAGGAAGGUCUUGUAGAUGGGUGCUAGCCUCCUUAGCCCACAUGGUUGUGGUUUCCCACCAGGUCUGCUAUGAAAGUUAUGCCAGAUUCCCAUAAGUCAUACCCCAUCCCCCACCCCACGGCUUCAGGCGCUUGUCAGAUUAAACCUGUGGUAAGCCUCAUCCUGCUUUAACUGGAUGUAUCCAGGCACUUUCCUCUCACUGAAUUUACUUAAGAACCUAUGAUUCUAUUCUGAUGUCAUGUUGAGAAGGGUCUUACAAGAUGUUCAUAUAUGAAAAUUAGUCCUUUCACCCCAUAUUCUUGGCAAUGUACUUUCACUAUUGAAUGUGACUAGCUUCCCCCCACCCCAGAGGCCAAGAAUGCAAAAUGUAGCAGAAUUUGAGUCUAGGGACUGGGGAUCUUAUUCUAGUAACUUGUAUGUCCUUGGUCAAGUCAUUUCACUUAUGGAUCAUAGUUCAUUCAUCUACAAAAUAACAACUAUCAUAAUAUAGAAAUCUAUGGUAUCCAACCAUAGUUUCACCUCUACUCCCAAAAUCAGGGUGGUCUAAAAGACAUUGACCAUAAUAGGAGAAUUCAUUAACUGGAUCAGGCCAUUGUUUAUGCUGGUAUAUGGAUUUAUCAGAAAUAUUUGUUCCUAGCUUGCUGGCCUUUUAUUGCCAUGAUUUUAUCCUAUGGUUGGUCAUUGGAAUUUCUAAUUUGUAGGAAUCCACCUAUGUACUUCCAGGUUGGGCACAUAGUACAGAUAUCUCUGGUGCAGUAAUAAUGAUAAUAAUAAUAUUUGGCAUUUACAUAGCACUUUAAAGUUUGCAAAGCACAAGAGAAAAAGAGAUGGGUAGGAAUUAAGCCAGUGAUUUUAUUAGUAUAAGGUAUUCUCUUCACCAGUGCAGAUUAGCACCUUCCUCUGCCAUUUAAAGUUAAAAAUGAGUCUUUUGAGAAGUUAAGUGACUAGCUCAGGGCCACCUAGCCAGUGGGUGUCAGUGUGUCAGAUGGGACUUGAAUCCAGGGCAUCCUGACUUUGAGGCCAGCUCUCUUAUCUCUCAUACCACAGUGAGAUUUGUGUUUGUGAAUGCACGCGCAGCUGGUAUUUGGACCUUACAAGAACCCUGUGGCGUAGUUACCAAAUGUUUUAUUAUCUUUUACAAAUGAGAGUCAGAGAGAUAGAGAUUUGUUCACGAUGACACAGCUAUCAGCUAGUAAAUGUUUGAAGUAAGAUUUGAACCCAGCUCUUGGGAUGCCAAAGCCAUCACUCUAUCUACUAUACCACUCUAUUUCUGCUUUAUGGAUAUCUACUCUAUCCACUACACCAUGUUAUUUGUAAUUGCUAGUAUCCUUUAAAUCUUCACAUAACACUUCAGUGUGAAUCUGAUGGGAGAUUAGAGUGAUUUACUUGGCAAGACAAUUAGGUGACUCUAACUGGGACUUCAUUGGGGAAGUGAUGAGAUUAAGCACUUUGAUAUUGUGUAUUUCCUGGUGCACAAAUGCAAAAAAAAAAAUACAUAAGCUCCAUUUCUCUGAUGGCUGUUGAGAUUGACCUGGAUUUCUCUUUUAAUUUUUUUCUCCUUUGGCUUAUUUAGUGAGUAAAUGUCAUUGCAACAGGAUACUAUCCCGUUGUACCUUAAUGUAAUUUAAGUACAUGGAAGAAAAAUGGACCAUUUGGGAAAACUGUGUAUAUUUUUACUACCAAUGCUCUUGUUUAAGGCACAUGACUUUUUUACACUAUUAGAAGUUACCUCCUACGCAGGUUUCUUCUACCAGAAUCUUAUUUUUCUAACUUUGCCAAUACAAAGAAAGAAAGGCUACCAUUGAGAAGACACUUGAAAUUUUAGGAAUUUUUGUUUGUUCUUUGUUUUUAGAAAAUCUAUUUUUUGUGAGAAGAAAAACAACUAUUAAUAGACCCCAAAGGGCUGCAAUCAUCCCCAAAAGAUUAAUAAUAAUUCACAUUUAUUUAGCACUUUACAGCUUGCUAACUACUUUCCUCACAGCAAUCCUAUGAAAUAGGUCUUGCAAGGAUGGUUAUCCCCUUUUUUUCUUGAUUAAGAAAGUGAGGCUCUGAGAAUUUAAAUGACUUGUCCAUGAGGACAUAGAUGGAAAGUGUUUCAGGUAGGACUUGAACACAGAUAACCCCUUGCCAGUGGUCUAUUCAGUAUCCCACUUUCUUUAAGUGAAUCAAUCUCAGUUCUAGUAUUUCUGUAUUAGUGGAGAUACGCGAUUGAUGGGGGCUCAGACCCAAUUACCCAUAGUGCAGAGGAGAAGGUUGAUGCUACUUUUCAAAGUACAGUUUCCAUCUCUAAGGUCUAGGGAAGUAAUUACAUUGGGCUUUAGCACUUCUGCCCGCUAGUCUGGGUUCAGCCCCAUGGGUCAGCUGCACUUAAAAUUUUUGUUCUUAUUGAAGAGGGAGAAGUCCUAAUGACACAUGCUGUCAUUUAAUUUCUAUGGCAGUAUUUUAAUAAAAAAAGAAAAAUUCCAUUCUCCAGUAUCUCCACUCUCCCUUCCAAGAAAAAGUAAUGUUACUAUUGUAAUGAUUCCCUAGGGCUAAAGAAUUAUCACACCAACAAGAAAGUUUAUGGCAAACAUGUGUAUAUGUAUAUAUGUGUGCAUAUAUACAUUAUACAUAUAAUUGUUAUGCAUAAAUCAACAAAAAUAUAAUGUAUGGACAAUUAUGAGUGUUUCCCGAUGAAUAAAAAAUGAUUUUAAGUGAGUUCUAAUUUGAUGUCUAGCCCUUCAGAGGUCCUAUUCAUUUGAAUUGAACACAGAUUCUGCAGGUAAAGAUACCGGGACCACAUUAGCAGUUGUGCCCUCACAGGUAAAAUAAAGACUUUGGACUGGAUUGCUUUUUAGGGACUCUCCAACUGUAAAUCAUAUUAUUCUAUGAACCUCAGUCCCAAGUCCCUCCAGGCGAGAUUCCAUUCAUUCAUCAAACACCUGCCAUGCGCUGGGUCCUGUACUUAGCUCUGGGGAUACAAAAACAACAACAACAAAAAUGGUCCCUGCCUUCAAAAAGCUUCCAUUUUACUACAUCUGUACCCUGUUCCACAGGAUCAGAAACCAGGAUAGAAGCAUGUAAUUUGGUUACAUCUGAGAAGGAGGGUUAGGUGGGCGGGGAGGGAGAGAGAGAGAGAGACAGAAACAGUUAGUAAACCUACGCAGGCAUCUCCUCUCUAGCGUAGAAACUAUAAAACAAAACAAAACAAAACAAAACCAUUAAAGUGGGGAAGGGGGCAGGAUGGGUAGUGCUAACAGUAAGGCAGUUUAUGAUUUUUUUUCUUUUUUGUUAGCCUUACCCUUUAUUCUAGGAGUGGCUGCUUAUAAAAUUAGGUAAAUGCAUAUUCUCUCCUUUUGCCUCAAAUAAAUUGUUGCCCCACUGUUGUAGGAAGAGAGAAACUAUUCCUAAAGCUGUCCUAAAAAUUCAAUUAAUAUGGGGUAAGAGUGAUUGGACAGGUUUUGAGGGUAUGUUACACAUGGUGUUGAGCCCAAGAAAGGUAUUCUUGCCCAUGUAAUAAAUUUGCUUUCAAUACAUAACUCCUGGGACAAAAAGUGAAGAGGGUUGUAUUUUGUGCCUAUAAGGGGAAAACCAGCAAAGUUUGUCCAGUGCUUAUUAGAUCAUUGUGUCCAGCCUCUUAAGCAAAAGAAGUAGCAAAAGAUCAGUUUCAUCCCUACCACAUAACCUUGCAAAUGAUUCACAUAAAUCCAUACUGCAUGUUAACAACAACAAGACUAUUCAUCUAAUUUGCAUCUAAGAUAACAGUGUUGAGACAAGAUCUGAUUAAUCUCUUGAAAAAUUAGUCGAGAUCCCGUGGAUCCACUGACCAUGUUUAGUCUAGUGACAAUAGAGUUAUUUACUAACCAGGUAACAAGGUCUUCAUUUUAGGGAUUGUUGAGGCAAUAACUUUAUCAAUUUCUCCAUACACGGUACUUUUUAACAAUUUAGUUAUGCCACAGUAAAACACUUUGUACACAUGAGAAGAAGCAAGAUUUUUAUAUGGUUUGUACUAUCAAUCAGACAUACUGGUUGUUUGUAUAUUAUGUGAUGAAAAUAAGGUGUAUAUUAUUCAUUGUUUUUUAACUUUUGAGAACCUAUAUUGUAAUAAUGAUGUUUCCUCUUCCUCCAAACAAUGCUGUGUAAUUAAUGGAGUAGAUGUUAGUCAUAAAAGACUUAACACUGAUGCUUUUACAUGCUGCCUAUGAACUUGUUUUUAACCAGGAAAAAUCCAGCCAACCAACCUUAGAAUGGAGACAUCUCCAGGAUUCUGUGUACUCAAACAUAGAAAUUGUAUUUUCCCGCAUGAGUAUUUUGAUUUCCUCUCCUCAUAUCCAGCAUUGAUGGUUAAAUUCACCAGGUGCAUUCUAAGCAGAAGUCUUGAGCUGUGACAGCAGCUUCCAACCCCACCCUCCCUGCUGAAUGUCUCUGGGAAGUAUUCUUUUCCUCCAUGGUUUCUUCCAGCCUUUUGUCUUCCUGACAGUUUCAGCAGAACUCAGGGAGAACUCUUAAGUGGAAAGGGUUUCUUGUUGCAGGCCAAGUUGGUUUUUUUUUCUUUUUUUUCCUUCUCCCAGUCAUCAAAGGGAACAGAAGUCUCUUUGUAAUCCUGACACAAGUUCUGAAACCCAAAAGGGAUUCCCAUUCUGAGCUCCUGAUGAACAACACCAGAUAGGGCCACACAAUCAGCCAUUCACAAGAUGAAUGCUUUUUUUUUUUUAAUGGGUUUGUGCUUAGAUUGUCCUUGUAAGAAAAUCCCCUCCAGUGGCACGCAAGACACCAGGGAGGGUGAACUUAAUAAGAAAAACCAAAAACAGCCAAAGAGCUUACACAUCAAAGAAAUCGAUCAGAAGCCUCUGGCUCAAGGAGGGAAAAAUGAUUCUUACAAUGUGAAAUGGAGAAAAGUAACUGAAACUUAUGUUCAGACUUAUGCAGAGAAGUCAGAUAGGUUCUCCUUUGAACAGGCAUUAGUCUUUAACCUUGUAAAUGGAGAAGAGUGACUUCCUACAUGGUAUGAGCUAGAGGAGGGAAAGUUCAGUUCCCUUUAUUCAUGUUAAUGGCAAGGGGGCAUAGACUUAGGUGUAAAUUCACCCUCCUUUUCUGUGAGAUGGGAGCAGAUCAACUUUCAGAAGGAUCUGGGUGAGCAUGGUGGUUAAUGGCACAGAACAGAGCACUGGGGAAUGUGGUUCAUAAAAUGAGCUAUGGAGAGAGGAAAUCACCCAGAAAUUUCUCUAGUAUAUUAGCAAUGCUUAACAUUUUUAUUUUAAUAAAUACUUGGAAAAAUAAA